ACACUCCCUUAUUUUAUGUUAAAAUGCAGUCAUUUUGCACGUAAUUACCAAUAAGAACGAGAGAAUCACUCUCAAGUUAUAAAAUAAUAAAGCAUUACUAAAAACACACAGUCCGCUCUGAAGCCAUUUCAGACAUUUUGCGGGGAGAUUAAGGGCUAUUAUCCGAGAAGCGUUGGCGUGGAAAACCUGAAAAUCUCAAACGAGAGGCGGCUAAAGAAUGAAUCGGAACCCGGCAAAGAAGGGGGCGCUUGUGCAAGUAAAGCCGCAAAGAUUCAGGCCAGCUCUUCCUUCUUUAAGAAAUUUGGGAAUGCAAGAAAGGAAACCAGAAAUAAUCUUCCCCCUCAAAAAAACAACAGCAAAACCAACAACCAAAGACUAUACAGAAACUAGAAAAUUCCAGGGGAUAUUUCUUGUUUCUUCAACCCGCCUACUGACUUCUCUUCCUUAUUUUCGCUCCUCCCUAGAAAAGGCGUGUCCCCUUUCCGUAUUAAAAAGAAAAGAAAAAAAAAUAAAAUAAAAGCCCAAGGGAAAUACAGGGUUGUGAAAGAGGGACCCGUAAUAAACAUGGCUGCCUUGAUGGCUUCAGUUCAGUGAGAGGAAAAAAGAGGGAGCAUUUUCCUCCAUUAGAUGUAUGGUUUCGCCCAUACACGUUUCUCUUGGUCGGCUGGACUUCUGAAGGUGACUUGAAGGGUCAAGGAUGUCUCUGCAGGACCCGUUCUUCGCGGUGAAAGGAGAAGUUCAGAAAGCAGUGAAUACAGCACGGGGCCUUUAUCAACGCCGGAGCCAGCUGCUCCAGGAGACCCAAGUUGUGAACAAGGAAGAGCUGAACUGGACUACAAAUGAAUUACGCAACACUUUGCGAAGCAUUGAGUGGGACUUGGAGGAUUUGGAAGAAACAAUUUGCAUUGUGGAAUCAAACUCACAAAAGUUUACCAUUGCGCCGUCUGAGGUUGCAGCACGACGUUCUUUCGUCACAGAGAUGCGGGAGUCGGUCAAGGAAAUGCAGGAUCAUAUGUCUGACCCAGCAGCCCAGUCCUUUAUGGAGAGGAACAACAUGGAGCUGGCGGAUGGCAGGGACCGCUGUGGGCUGUUGAGUGCAGAGAAGGUGUCAGCAGCUGAUUCAUAUAUUUUAGAAGAGCAGCAGUUGCACCAGAAGUUGAUCAUUGAGGAGCAGGAUGAACAGCUGGAGCUGGUCUCUGGCAGCAUUUCUGUACUGAAGCACAUGUCGGGGCGGGUUGGAGAGGAACUUGAAGAACAAACUAUAAUGCUAGAAGACUUUGCUCACGAGAUGGACAGCACUCAGAGCGGCAUAGAUGGGGUGCUCAAAAAGAUGGGCAGAGUCUCCCACAUGGCCCGUGGAAGACGUCAGUGGUGCAUCAUCUGCCUAUUGGUCAUCACUGGUGUGGUGAUAUUGAUCCUUCUUUUUGCUCUGUGGCCAAGUGACAGAUGAACAUAGGGAAAAUGGAAACGAUACCAACCCCAUUCCUUUCAUGUGGAAAGCCUGAAGCCACCGUGGCUUUAUGUCCUAUGUGGGGGCGAGGGCUAGUGAAGACAUGGGACAAUGACAAGAAUGUUGGAUUCUAACUGAGCUUCCCUCCCUUGCAUUCAUACUAUUAUUUAUUAGGAGCUACAGGUUUGCGACAAGGGAGGAUUCUGCUUAUUGGUACUUAUCAACCCCAUCAAGGUAGUCCAAACUAGGAAACCAAAAUGAUGAAUGCUAAUACUAUUUUUAUUCUAAAAUUAUAUUAAUACUUGCAUGUCUGAAAGUACUUCCCCCUUCCCACCCAUUCCCUGCCUUCACUUUCCAGAGAACUAGGGAGGGAUAAUCCUGAAGCCUUCUCAAAUUAUACUUCUGUUUUGGGCUCAGAUUUUAUUUAUCAGACCAUUGUCUAAACUGCAGCUCUUCUUUGUGCCUCACAAAGCUGUUUUCACAGCCCAUUCCUGUACUUUAGAAUGGGAACUUGUGUAGUGUCUUUUUCCUGCCAUACUUGGGAAAUAAUUGGAUUAAGAAAUUGGAUUUCUUAAAUGUGAUCAUGCUGUACCCACUAUGGGUCACCAACUUAGAAAAAAUAAGCAAAAGUGUUUAUUUUCUGUUUUAGUCUUAAAAGAUCCAAUUCCUUCAUACCAACUCUGAAUCUGUGUAACUUAUCUCUGCAUGAAAUGUAUUUGAUGAAGCACAAUUGACUUAUACAGUUACCUAUUUUCCAGUUGAACCAAUCAAGAACGGUGGAAGAAUUAAGAUAGGGUAACAGUAUGUCCUACUUGUUGAGUUGGUGAAAUUACUAAGGGUUGAAGAUGAUCUAAAGCUAUAUUUCUAUUUAAAUGCUUAAUGAAACCAAACACCAGCCCUCAAUCCCCCAUCCCUGUUAGCUGUUUUCUAAAAAUUGGGAGACAAAAAACAUUUGCCAUUAUGUAAAUGUAGUCUACAGCACUGUGCAUCAAGAUGUAACUUAUGGCGACACUUCUGGGCUAGGACAAAAAGUCUGACUUACCAAUGUAUCUGCUCUCUUUUCAUCUUAAGCCUAGUAAAACAUGGUGGACAGAGCAUCUUAACAUUGGCGAAGUGGAUUUUGCCCUGAAAAUAAAAAACUGGCUAUUUUCAGGGAAGUCCCAGUGACCCAGUUUACUGUGAGCAAUGUCUCUAUGGGAUACCUUGUUGUUACAGACACGCGGCUAUUCCUUAUAUAUAUAAAAUAUUAUAGAGCAGAGAUUGGCAGACUUAACUUAUAAGAUCUACUGUAUCUUUUAAAAAUGAGGUUUACAAAUCAGCUUGGUGCAAAGAAUGCUGAACCUUGGAAUUUAGAAAGAUAUUUACAGGGCUAUUGUAGGGAGAAAAACUGUUUCUGGUUAGGUCAAGCUUUAUAUGGGUGAGGGGAAAGUUUUGGCUGCUGCUAUUCUGAAUUCUUGUGCUGCUGAAAACAUCCAAAUAAUUGGAUCUAUCUUCUGCCUAUCCCCUUUUAGAAAACAAUGUUAAAAAACAGCUUUUUUAAAAAAUAAAUAUUUUAUACUUGUAUGUAAA